AUGAAUACUCUUCACGGGAUCCUGGCCCAUGAAGGCCAGUCCCCUGACGGCAUCGUCUUCCGCCGUGGCGAUCAGGUCACCAUCUUCGAUGACGGCCGCAACGACAGCUGCAACAACGAGGUGCACGUCUUGAACCACCAGACCAACCAGGCCAUUGUCGUUCCUGUCUCGGCCGUCUGCUGGGUGCCGACACACAGCGAAAGCCGCCCAGCCGGCGUGACGCUGUUCACGAUAUAUGGACGUCGCAUCACCCACCACCAACCCGGCGACCCGAUGCCUUCUCUCGCCAACCGAGCCAUCAAGGUCCUGCUCGGCUCAGGCCACCAAGUCACACACACCAUCGUUACCGAAGACGACAUUUCGACGUGGGCUCAGCGCCUGGAGGAGCCCGAGCGACAAGCCUUUUUCACAUAUCAGUGGAACAGUUUGCUUUCUGACUGGCCUGCCCGAGACAUGAACGACCUGCUCUCGGCUUGGCCAUGCCAAGAUUCAGAUGGUCUCUCCGAGGGUGGUCUCUCCAUGGGGACUACCAACUCGUGCAUUAGUAGCCCGACCACGCCUGCAUCGAGUAUUGACCAGAUUGGAGGCCCGAGGCGUGAUUCUGCCGUCGAUGUUGGCUGUCCAUCUCACAACAAGGAUGGUCAGGACCCGAUGUGCUUCCCCGGCGACGAGUACUCCCGCGGCCCCAACCCCUACCUUGUCUCAUCUGAGCCCGGCUCCCCGACACGUUAUGAUGCCAUCCCCCUCCCAACCUUUGCAGAGCAGCAGAGCGUCAUCAAGCACGCCGCUCAGGCCGUGUCCGUGACAACAACCACAAUGGGUGAUCGACCCAGUGCCGGCUUCAUGGCGAGUUCGUACCUCGGUCCCAGCGUAGGCCAAAUAGGGGUAUACCACCGCCAGUGA